UUGGCCGACACAGUCGCAGUCCAGCUCGUCGGUGAAUGGGUCCGUGUCGGUGGCGAAAUGUCCGCGGGUUUUCGCUGUUGCGGUUGACGUUAGCGGUCGCGCGAUGAUGUAGCGAGAUGCCUAGGGCUCGCCAUGUGUCACGGCGAUUGUGUGCCGACCGCGUGUAGUGCCGUAGACCGUGCUACGAUGGCCUCGGACCCAGCGCUGCCCGACUUGUCGCACCUCACACCCGAGGAAAGGCAGAUCAUCGAGAACGUUAUGCUGCGGCAGAAACAGGAGGAGGAGCGCGAGCUGGAGAUCAUGAGGCGGAAGCAGGACGAAGUAGAAGUCCUGGAGGAGACGAUCCGGCAGCGUUCUGAGCAACAGAAGAAGGCGGGGGUUGAGCUAGACGCUACUUGUCACAUCUGCCUCAAGACCAAGUUCGCGGACGGCGUCGGUCACAUGUGCAACUACUGCAACAUCCGAUGCUGUGCAAGAUGUGGCGGCAAAGUCACUCUGCGCUCCAACAAGGUGAUCUGGGUGUGCAUCCUCUGCCGCAAGAAGCAAGAGCUGUUGAGCAAGACGGGUCAGUGGAUCAACAAGGGAAUGUCAGCUGGCGACCCGAUCAUGCGACGUAUCGAGGCGGAUCUGCAGCAACAAGACAAGCGGCCCAAGCUGGAGCGAGCGCACUCUGCCGCGGAGAAGGAGAACCAACCGUUGCUGCAGCGGUCUGGCUCGCAGCUGAGGCGACAAUACAGUCAGCAGGACGCCAGCCGCGAGGAAGAGGCGCGAUACUACCGCGGAGAACUAGAGGGUCUGAUGAGAUCACACCAGUACGCGACGAUGACGGGCGGCCGCGGAGAGUUGAGGAACGACUCGCUCAGCUCCGAGCAAUCUUCCAGCAUGGACUGUGCGCCCGCGCCCGCUAGUCGCGGCGGAGCCAUCACCGUGCUGGUAACCGGCAAGAAACACAAGAGGACCGGGUCCGCGAAAAAACAAUCCGGGAGUGGAAGUGGGAGUGCGCGCGGGUACCAUCAGACGCCGCAACCGCCCCAGAGAUCGUUCUCUAGCUCGGACGACGAACUGAGGUCCACCCCCGACUGUACGAGCUGCGAGGAACACGACAGUGAGAAAGUCGUCAACGGGUGGCACCCAAGGGACACCCCUCGGGAGGUCAAAGUCACCCUUAUCGACACCCGAAGACGCAAGAAGACAGUCAGGUUCGACGGUCCUCAAACCAAGGACUCGGGCAUUGACACAUCCAGCACGUUCACAUCCAGUGAGGAUUCGAACAGCGCGCCCAAGCAUCCGUUGUCAUGGCAAAUAUCCAAGGACAAUACUCGAAUGACGGGUCACAUGAUCCUGAAGAAGACCCAGCGUGCAGAUGGUGGAGGGCCGUCCUCUUCCACGAGUAUCUUAGGACUGAAGGUGGUGGGAGGACAACUUCUACCAGGGGGCGGCCGGGGUGCAAUAAUUGAGAAGGUCAAGAAAGGCAGCACGGCGGACAAAGAGGGGCAGCUCAGGCCAGGUGACGAGGUUGUCGAGUGGAACGGGCGAUCGUUGCAAGGCAAGAGCUACCAGGAAGUUACUGACAUUAUUGCCGAGUCCAAGCAAGAGCCGCAGGUGGAGCUGAUAGUGACUCGGCUGCUGCCCAACAGACGUGGCCGCGGCCAAUAUCCCCCCUCCCCCACCACCUCCCACAAAGACACCUACGAAGGCGGAGGUCGCAAAGACAAGCCGAGUGUGUUGGUCACUUCCCCCGGGUCACCGGAGCUACAUGCCUCCUCCAGGUCACACCGCAUGCCUGCCUUCACCAACAGCAGCGUCGGCGGCCGCAUACAGGUGAAGCUGUGGUUUGACUCGGGUGCGCUACAGCUGGUAGUGACACUAGUGUGUGCGGCUGGUCUGAUGCCCCGGAGUAACGGACAGCCUCGCAACCCCUACGCCAAACUCUUCCUCCUACCUGAUAGAAGUGAAAAAUCUAAAAGAAGAACAAAAACAUUAGCAAAUACAAACGACCCAAAGUGGAAUCAGAGUUUUGUCUACUCGUCGAUCAGAAGAGCGGAUUUGAAACUCAGAAUAGUAGAGAUCACGGUGUGGGACUAUGUGCACUAUGGGACCAACCAUUUCCUGGGAGAGGUUAUGGUAGAACUGAGUGUGGCACUUCUGGACAACGAACCUGAGUGGUUUCAUCUUAGUCCACACGAAGAAGUUCUAAUACCACAUGCGGUUGAGGAUGUUGACAUUGCUCUGACGCCCACUGACCACCUGUCGCCACCGAGCACGACGUCACGCCUCUCGGACUCCGACCCCUCUGACCUGGACGACACACGGGAGAGGAGAGUAGCGGACGGAGCCUCUGUCAGCAGUCUCGGUAGCUCUGCCAGCCCUCCUCCUGACGUAGAGAUGGCAGAGAGACAUCGGUCACGUCGAGACAUGUCGCCGCAAGGGAGAAAACGAGCCACCGUCGUUCAAGUUAAACCUCACACACUCCCCUACGACUCACAAAGAAGAGGAGGCAGCAGUCAGAGAUCCCACUCUGCUGCACCUCCUCUCGAAGGUCGGUCUCGCUCUAAGAGUCCUCACCGCAGCCUAUCACCUCCUGAGUAUCGAGUAUACCAGCCGAAUGUAGUGCUUCCAUCCCACGCGUAUGUGCCUCGCUUUUCCUCCAGAUCAGCCACCGCUACCCCGAUGACGUCUCCCAAGAAACGUCAACUGCCUCAGAUACCCCACACAGCAAUGCUCAGAGAAGCUCUCCGCGAGAGAGUCACACAGGACAUGGAGGAGCGAGCACAUCUCAUGAAGCAGAGAAUGAGGCAGAUGCAGUCUAGAGGGUCAGCGGGAUACACAGGGAGCAUGUCGAGGCACUUCACCGGCCUGUCUGACAGCGACCUGCCGUCGUCUGACAUGGACAGGCCGUGGGGUGGCCACAUCCCCGGCCGCACGAUGACGUCACUGGACAAGGAUAUCAUCGGGACGACGGACCUGGGCGACAGCGACCUUGAGAGUGUCGUCAGCAUCACUAGCAGUGCCUUCUCUACACAGAGCGAGCGACCUCGCGGCUCACGGGGCUUCAGCGACUACGGAGAGCGAUCUCACACGACGGUACAGCCGCCACCACAAGGGGGACACAACAAGAGGCCGCCGUUCUCUAGAAGUCUCUCGAACGCGGACGUCCAACCAGACGAACGUGGUGACGGAAGUCUAAGUGACACAGCCGUCAGUCAUCAUCACCAUAUCAACGGGUCUCGCCGCAAAGCAGCGUCGGGCAGCGGCUCUGGCACGACGAGCGGCAAACAGUCGCACAGUCAAGGCAUGGGCAAGAAGAGCAACUCUACCAGCCAACUGUCGGCCACAGGCCGCAAACGUAGGUUAGGUUUCGGAACAAAAGGCAAAUCGUCGUUCACCGUUCAUCGGUCCGAAGAGGUGCUGCCCGACGAAGUGCGACAUUUGAUCAAGCAGGGUUCAUCUGUGUCGAGCGACGGGGAGGGCUCGCAGGACGGAGACAGUUGGGCGCCAUCACUCAAAGGUUCAGACGGAGGUCCUCUGUCGGACUUUAUCGAGGGGCUAGGCCCUGGACAGCUGGUGGGCCGGCAAGUCCUGGGGGCUCCGUCCUUGGGCGACAUUCAGCUCAGCAUGUGCUACCAGAAGGGAUAUCUGGAGGUGGAGGUGAUACGAGCGCGAGGGCUGCAAUCCAGACAGGGCUCUAAAGUGUUACCAGCGCCUUAUGUGAAAGUGUACCUUGUAAGUGGGAAGAAAUGUUUGGCGAAAGCGAAAACAGCGACAGCCAGACGAACUUUGGAUCCUCUUUACCAGCAAACACUCACCUUCAGGGAACCUUUUCAAGGCUGCAUACUGCAGGUUACAGUGUGGGGCGACUAUGGCCGUAUUGAAGGCAAGAAAGUGUUCAUGGGAGUCGCCCAAAUCAUGCUCGACGACCUCAACUUAUCAAAUAUUGUGAUCGGCUGGUACAAAUUGUUUGGGACCACAUCCUUGGUUAGUGGGCCCCCUUCGCUGGGCCUCUCUCGACGCAGCUCCCUUGCUAGUCUUGACUCCAUUAAGUUAUAGUCCUCCCCACCCUUGUAGAUAACUCCUCCGUUUUACGUUCUCUUUUAGUUUUUCCUAUGAUUUUCUCCGUUUACUUUUCAUCUUCCACACUUUCCUGGUCCGUGGCAAUAAAGUAGUGACGAGUGAAAAGUUUUGAAUUGCUCCUUUAAAAUUGUCAGCUUAAGACGAGAUUUAUAGUUUGCGAUCGAGCUUUUGUAUUAACGAGAUUUAAAAUAUUAAAAUAUAAAUAAUCGCUACAUCCCUAGAUAUGAGUUUUCAGAAAAACUGUAUUUGUACAAAAAGGGAUAUAUUCGAACCUGCAGUGCUUCUUGACUACUUUAUAGUCAGUCCUGUCCUACAUAUCAUGUGAAUGAAAAUAUUUUUCACUUUUCUACUUUUUUCUUAGCUUUAGUUUGUCUGUUUAGUUGUAGACCAUCACCGGGCUUCUUCAGCUGACCUAGUGAGUGUUUCGCUUACGUGUGACUCCAAAGAACGUUAGUGUGGUGCUAUAAGUGCGUUUGUUGGUUUGUGGCGGUCAAUGCUCAUUUUUUUACAUUUGACAAAUAUAAUUUAAAAUUUCUAUUACCAUUUUACCUUUAGGUAAAAUAUAUAAAUAUAUAUAUAUAAGUAAAUAUAUAUAUAUGAAAUUAUACUACGAGAUUCAGCAGCACACGGUGUCUCGUCACGUUGUACAGAUAGGUUCUAAGUUAUAAGCGAUGUUGUGUACCAUUCUGUUCCAUGUUCUAUGCGAUAUUGUCGUGGGAUGUUGUAGACGAGGCCAUUUACUCCCCUAAGGUGGAGCGCUUGUUGAAAGUUGUAUGAUUUUUGUGCUUUCUUUCUUGUCUUAUCGAGCUUGAUGAUUUUAGCUCACUCUGGCGGAGCAGGUAUUUUUUGUAGGCUUCCCUCCGACUCUUGUUAUCCGUACGAAGUUAAGUCAAAGUAGAAUAUAGACUAGCUACUUAUGUAAAACAUGUGCAAAUUUUUAAGGACAUUUUUAUACGCUAUGUUAAGUUGUAUUUGGAAUUGUACAAAUUUAUGAAAUAAUAAUUGUACAUAUUUCUGUUUAUCAAGCCGAUCUGUUUGUAUCGUAAUAUUUUCUUUAUUAGUAGCACAACAAUUUAUUUGUGAGAUUGACAUACGACCUGACAGAUUAAAGCUAUUUAUUACAGAUAGAUUUCAGUGCUGGUAACGUUAAUGGUUUGUUUGAAAAGCUUUAAAUAAAUCUACCACAAAGUACUAUGAAAAAUAAUU